GCGGAGUCACCGUCAGCUGCGUGGGGACAGACACCUUCAGGCUCCAAUGUAAAGAUGCAGAAACAAGCGUAGAUCGCAAACUUGGACCUGUUCUCACGAUAUUGUAUUCUUUAGGUAUUUUACAAUGUCUUGAUUUGACAGAAGGGACAAGUUCAAAAGAAAUCUUUUGAAAAGAUGCAGAGAAUAAUAUAGGAAAAAUGGACAGACAAAAUUAUGGAUACUCUCGUGAAUAUUAUGAUCAAUAUGUCCAGCGCCAGGACACUUCAGUAGUGAAUAAGUUUCAGCAGAAGUAUUGGAAAACCAAGCAGGCUCUUAUUAAAGUAACAGGGAAGAAAGAAGAUGAGCAUGUUGUUGCAUCUGACGCUGACUUAGAUGCCAAAUUAGAGGUUUUCCAUUCAAUUCAAAGAACAUGUAUGGAGCUGCUAAAAGUCAUUGAACACUACCAAAGAAGAAUUUGCUUUUUAUCUCAGGAAGAAAAUGAGCUGGGACGAUUUCUUCGAAGUCAAGGCUCACAAGAUAAAACACGAGCAGGAAAAAUGAUGCAGGCUACAGGAAAGGCUCUUUGUUUUUCAUCUCAGCAAAGACUGACUCUACGUAACCCUUUGUGCCGAUUGUAUCAGGAGGUGGAAACUUUUAGAUACAGAGCAAUAUCAGACACCUGGCUAACAGUAAAUCGUAUGGAACAAUCCAGAACAGAGUAUCGUGGUGCUCUACUGUGGAUGAAAGAUAUUUCUCAGGAACUUGAUCCUGAUACCUACAAACAAAUGGAAAAAUUUAGAAAGGUUCAAGCCCAAGUCCGUCUUUCUAAAACAAAUUUUGACAAACUAAAGAAUGACGUGUGUCAAAAAGUUGACCUUCUGGGAGCCAGCAGAUGCAAUCUCUUGUCUCAUAUCUUAACAACUUAUCAGACCACUUUGCUUCAUUUCUGGGAAAAAACAUCUCACACAAUGGCAGCCAUCCAUGAAAGUUUUAAGGGAUAUCAGCCAUAUGAGUUUACCACUCUUAAGAGCCUGCAAGAUCCAAUGGACAAACUUCUUGAUCAGGGCCAAAAGAAAAAAGGAAAGAAGAAAACUGUAGAAAAUGAGGAAACUAAGAAGACGACAGAUGGACCUGAUCAGGAGGAGCAACUGAUCUCUCUAGAUGAGGAAAACCACAAUGAACAACUUUGCAGUCCAGAAAAUGACAUUUUUAAUAACAAAAAUGAUGAGGAAAUGCUGUCCACUUUUGGAGAUCUGGAUCCAUCAAAAAAAGAAAACAUAGGAACACAAGACCUUCUUACAAACACAGAAGAUCUUGACAUUGCUGAUAAAGAUGAAAUGACAUUAUUAAAUGAAAUUCUGAAUGCUUCAUCAGUAGAAGAAGGAGAUUUUAGCAAGGAAUGGAAAGCUGCCUUUGGAGAUGAUGACUUGCUUGACACUGCAACUAAUCCUGGUGCUGGAGAUGUGCUCCAAGAGGAAGAGUCACCAUCAGGAUUUCUUCCUUCCCAGCUUCUUGACCAAAAUAUGAAUAAUUUAGAUUCUUCGUUAGCCAACUGGACAGCAGGUAACUCACAGUCAACAGCUGAGUCAUCAGAAUCUGCGGCUGCAGCUAAUCCUUCCCAACACAAGGCGCCAGCAAAAGAUCAUCCAAAACCUGCAAAGGACCUGUCAGCUUGGUUCAGCUUGUUCGCCGAUUUGGAUCCGUUGGCCAACCCUGAUGCAAUCGGGAAAACCGGAAAAGACCACGAACUGCUCAACGCUUAGGUGCCAUGACUGUAUGAUUUGGGUUCUUCUUCUUUUUUAAUGCAAGUGUCUCUUUAAUGGUAUGCCUACUGGAUGGUUUGAAAUUAUGGGUGGAUAUAUUGUUGCCACACUGCUUACAAAUGUGAAAAAUGUACAACUGAAAAAAAUAUUAAUAAUCGUUAGACUGACAUUUAAAGAUGCUCUUUGCACUUUAUCAGUUUUGCAGAUUACUUUGACAGAACUUUUUCGCUUAGUAAUGCUGUAAUAAAAAGGUAGAGGCAAUAUACAGUAGUUUGUUUUUUAAUCCUUUAUGUGCAAGCAAAUAUUUACACAGUUUGGGCUUUUAUAUAUAUAUAUAUAUAUAUAUAAGUAUAUAAAGCAAAAACAGUAUUUUUAGAAAAUAAAAACCACAGUUUUGAAUGUUGGUAAAAAAUAUUAUCAGUUAUCUUGCUGUAAUUAAAGGAAUAUUUAGGAAUAAAAUGUACAUGUACAGUAUUCAGUAAUGUCCAGCUAUUAAACCUGAUGCUUGUUACCUUGCUUUGCAAAACUUUGAUUUAACACUGAAAUGCAUGCCUUAAUUUAUUUUUCUUCUAGAUUUGUAAAGUUUGUUGAAAUAAAACUGUAACACAUUGACAAAUUGAGCCACACUCCUGGACAGGCUAUUCUUGCCACAUGAGUGGGCUUGUUCCCACCUUUGAAUUCAUUGUAAUGGGAGAGGAUGCCCUUGUAGCAAUUGUCCUCACCCAGAAUGACAACAACAAUGAUCAAAAAAUGAAAUAAACAAAAUUGAAACAUAAAACACAAUGUACACAGUCAGACAAAACGCAGGUCAAGCCCUAGUGCCCCACUGGCCCCUUCUGCUGGUUCACUCACAAGCCUCAACUCCUUCUCCAAACAGGUGGACUUUGCUCCAACUCUCUUCUCAGCUUUCCCAUUCUUGGGGUCAGGUUUCUGUUGCUCUAGAAGCGUCACCCAUACACUCCCGAGCUUCUUUUGGUAAAUGUCAAAGGGCUAAGUGCCUCAGGCAGCCUCCAUGUCCAUUCUCUAAAAUUACAACUCUCUUCUGUCUCUCGUAUACAGACAGACACGUGAUUAGCGACAUGUUGCAAGUACUCCCCGCACUCGCCCUUUGAUGGACAACCUGGCCUCAACUUCUGCUGCUGAUGUGUUGCCAAUGGUGGCUGAGGGGGUCUUUCAAUAUCCUGCCAGUUCUCCCUGGCUUUGGCUUUGCUCAGUUAUGUAGAGCAGUGUUUCUUAAGCUUUGCUUUCUCGUGACCCAAUCUUGCCCUUGUUAUUGUCUUUGAGACCCAGUCCAUGAUGAACAUCUGAUCAGAUUUAUUUGUCCCACUUGGAUAAUCGGUGCUUGCAGUUAUAGAAGAGCAGUCGAUUGCCUAAACUGUCUGCAGCAACCAAUUGCAAGAAACUUCACAUUCUGCAUGUGACCCUUUCCCAUUGAAUAUAACUGUGAGUCACGACUCUAUAUGAGCCAAAGGGUGUCAACCCCGUGACCCAUAGUUUAAGAAGUUACGAUUUAUAGGGUCAGGCAUUCUUGUGUUCUGCAGAAGUCAUCUUCUGUCCAGUGUCCUGGAGGAAAAUUACAAGUUAUCCUUGGGGGGAACACAGAACAUAUAGAGGUCUUCGCACCACUAACAGGUAGACUAUGGAUAUUGACCUCUGUCUCUCCUCCUGAGGUCUCCUGCAGGAUUCUUGACAACUGGCUCUGAGCAGCAGGACACCCCUUGGAGCCACUUUUGAGGAAUUAUACAACCACAUUGCGUUUGUGUUAAGUCUUCUCCCACAGGUUGGAGUCGUUUGCUACGCUACCACAGCUCAAAACCAAAAGCUACAUUGCAUUGUGCCCGGAGUGUCGUCAAAUAGCUGUUUUUAAACUGUUUUAAACCAAUUUAAAAAAUAAUGUAGAAAUAAAUAGGAAUACAUACCCAGGCUGAUUGCUGACUAUUUCUUUCUGUGUUUUAAUGUGGAACUGGUGUGAAUUUGCUACAACAGACUGACUGUGUGGGGUCAGCACAAGCCCUAAUCUAAGCAUCUAAUUCGGUACCAGUUAGUAUACCAUGUACUAGUUAGCAGUCCGAUGUCUGCCCGAGUUACACCUCAUAAAGGCAGACUUUCAGUUUUUUCAUAUCGAGAAUCCAAGUGUUGUAACUACAGAGGCCAGGUAAGGAUUUUAAGAUCCAAAUGCUUAUUUCAUGGAAACAACUUGCUAAUUUUGGGAACCUAUUUGGGAUAUUGUGGUAACAAUACUUCACCCAAAAUGAUAUUUUUUUAUAAGCUAAUUACCCCGUGUGGUUUGUAGUGAUGACCGAGAAAAAAAAUGUAAUCUUGAGUUUUCAUGGAGAACAGAGAUUCUUUCUGAGAGCUUUCUGAUAGAAUAGACACCUAUGGCGACCAAUGCUGGACAACAGCAAAUGAAACAAGAAGCAUCCAUUAAAAAAUUCUCACAUUACUCGUGUCACAUAAUCCACACAUCGAGUCAUCCAUUCAUUUGCUGUCAACGGGCAAAAUGUGUGCAUUUUUUUGCAGCUCAGAAGCUUGUUCACAUGGGAACAGACUUCUGAAAUGAAGACAGGACUCGUGACCUAUGAUCGAGGAAAAGAGGCAGGUCUUCAGUUCAAACACCCGGUCCUGUGUGAACUCGUUUCCUAUUUGUGUAAAAAUGUUUUAGCAAAAAAUGCUUGCAUUGUGAGCAUACGACUGGAUUACUUGAUUGUGUAGUAAUGUGAUUUUUCUAUAUUGUUUGCUGUUGUCCAGUGUUGGCCACCAUUAAUGUUUAUUGUAUCAGAAAGUUUGCUAUCUCUGAUCUUCAUGAAAGCUUCAUGUUAGAAAUUCUUCUUGGCCAUCAUUACCGACUACCUGAACAAUAAAUCCUUAAAAAGCAAGUCAGUUAUAAUUAAGACAACAGAAUGAUGUUCUGUCAGGAGGUGUAAAUGGUUAUGAAUUAAGAAAGUGUCUGGAACGAAUAUCUGCAGCCCUCCAGGCUUGUGAGUUUGCCAUCCCUGCUCUAAGGGUUCCUUCAUCUUAAAAUGAUGUUAGCCCUGCUGCUCCACUUUAUAGAUGGAUGUGAUUGUAUGAUCAUGGUGGUGAAUGACACCUUGGGGAUCUUUUGAGGUAGAAAGCCAGGAGGGCACAGCAAUGAUUUUACAGAGCCUGCAGUUUCAAGGGGGAGCUAAGACACAAAUUGAUUCUUCUAUUCAUUUAAAGAAUCUCAGCCAUUUGAAGGCUCAGACUGGCAGCAUAAAGAGUGUCAGAGAUCCGCCACCAAACACAACAAGUAAAACUCCACAACAUGUUACCCAGCGGUAGAGGGAGCUGGCCGGGCAGGAGAGGAACAAAUGAGACCUUGAAGUUUGUUGGAAAGAGUGGGCAUCCUACUAAAAAAAGCGUCCAAAUGCUGUAGAAGUAAAAACAAAAUAAACAAAAGUGGCCCCUCUAUACAGGAGAUGUGAGUCCACAGAGGUGGGUAGAGACUGGCAUGGCACAACAUGGUCAUUUUUAUUGUGUAAACACAAUAAUGGGAUUAAAAUGACUCAUUUUAUAAAUACGGUAGUUACAUCAUAUUUCAGACGUUCAUGAAUUUUCCAGGAAUAAGAUUAGUUUUGGUUGAAUGUCCACACUGAUGGCACUGCAAUAGACGUCACUCAUAUCAGAGGAACACAAGAAGACGCAAACAGUUGUGUGGCAGGAUGAAAGUGAACUACAGUAGAAUUAAAGAGAAUAUAUUUAUUAUUGUUUUUGUUGUUUUAUCUUUGUCCUGUGUUGAUGUUCUUUUCUUUACAACAAUAUAGUAAAACAUUUGAAAAAGAUCCUUAUUGGCUGCCAUGGCUGCUAGAGCCCCCAGAGAUGGACUGCCCAUUGGUGACAUUCUGUCUUCUACCACUGAUGAGCUGUUGUGUUGUUCUGCAGGUGACGGGUCAUCCGUGUGGUGGUCAUAACUGCCCCUCAGGGUACUGAGAGCACAUACUGUACUUGCCUUUUAUUUACUUGACAUGCUGCUUUCAUCUUGUACCUUGUAUCUGCCACAAUAUUGUUAUCUGUAUUAUUAAAACCAUUUAAGUAUAUUUGUUGUUUUUUUAUACUGAUUGUGACACAACUCUGGGGGACUGCAAAUCUGACGUUGUAUGCGUGGGCAUGAAAAAUGGUUUGCUUUUGUUAUGAAUUGAGCACCUCAUUAAAGUGAUUUCCUUCAAGUGA